AGAAGUUGCUUGGCUCGAGGCCCAGACCUCCGACCGCCGUGGCCUCUGCACGGCCGGGGCUCCCGGAGUGGGCUCCUGAUCCUGAGUCGCCCCACCCUCGGCUCGGCUGCAGCGCCCCGCGGGGCCGAUGGCGGCCGCGCCCGCGGCCCUGAUGGAGGAGCCGAAGCACCCAGCGCCCGCCGCGUGGGGCCCGCGGCCUGGCGCGCCUGGAGCGGCGCUGGGCGCGGCGCUGCCAUGGCCGCCGCCAUUCAGGCCCGCGGACCUGGGCAGCGGGAGCCUGGUCGUGCGGAACACCUUCCUGCACUUCCAGGAUCGGGCACCGAGGAGGACAUGGCCCACCGGAGCCUGCGCACCUCGCCGUCGGCGCCGGCGCUGCUGCCCGCGCGGGCGAGCCUGGAGGUGGCGAUCAGCGAGCCGCCGUCGGCGAUCUGCGCCGAGUGGCGCACCACCGUGGUGUUUCGCAACGUGCCCUACCUGCUCACGCGGGACAUGCUCGUGGAGUUGCUGGACUCGCAGGGCUUCCGAGGGCAGUUCAACUUGGUGUACAUGCCGAUGGACUUCAAGACGAACCAGGCUUUAGGCUACGCGUUUGUCAACGCGGCGAGCGCUGAGGUCGCUAUCCGCCUCUUCGGCGUGUUCGACGGCUUUCAGGCGUGGCCCAAGAAGAGUUCGAAAGUGUGCAACGUGUGCUGGGGCAGCCGGCAGGGCCUCGAGAGCAACCUCGAUGCUUACCGCAAACUCACGGUCAUGCGGACGAAGUUCCCCGAUGCUUGGAAACCCGCCUUCUUCUCGCAGGGUAUCCAGGUGCCCUUCCCCAAGCGCACGAGGGAGAUCACGCGCAACCUGAAUAAUCUCCGCGGCGGUGGCGACCCGCCGCGGCUUUGAAACGUGCGUGGCAAGGGUGGGCUUCCAACACGGAGGGGAAGUAGCAGGUCACUCCGCCAGAGAGUGGCGCCGGCACGCCUGCCUCGGGUGAGCACGAUCAUGGCCCGCUGGCAUCCCCAGUUAUCAGGGGCAAACUUUUUAAUGACAGCGUCCAUGCCAUUUCUCGCGUCUCAGUUACUGUCCUCUUGAAUUCUCCCUUUGGGCCGCCGCGCGAAUUCGCUACGCGCGAACCUGCUGCCGAUCGAAGAACAACAACAGUAAUGGCAAGAAGAAGCAGGAGAAGAGCAACAGAUGCAUUACAUAGCCUUUCGCACGUCCGCGCGGAUUUCGCGGAUCGGCACUGAAUCGUUUCCCUGCCGCGCGUAGGGCGCCAGGGGUUGCGCCAUGUCACCAACGCCGAUCAGAAUAGUCUGCGCGGACUUCCGAAAGUUUGUGCUAACACCGUUGUUUGUUGUUUCUCGCGCCGCUGGUUUUUUUCGGUGGCAGGAUGUGCCCAUCACCACUACUAUAUGCUUUUAAGUUUGACCUCGAUCUCCGCCUGGUCAAAGCGGUCGCCGCUGGCCGCGCAAACGCAGAGUCGUUGCGGCAUGCGCAUUCGGCGCGCCUCCAUAGGUUGGGACGCGAAGCGUCGGCCUGCCAGCAUGAGUGUGCCCUCUUCGUUUUUGGUAGAGUCCGUCGUGGCGGGGUAUAUCUUCCUUCCCAGCCACGUGUAAUCUGCGCAGCCCUACAGGAACACCAUAAAUAAUUGGAAAGGGAG